AUGUCCUCACGCAAGACACUGAGUCCAAAGGAGAGAGAUCAGCAAUCAGAAGCUAAAGCCAAAGAGCACCCCUACUGCACGUCAAAACGCGACGGCGAGGUGCACCUGCGGCAGGAGGACACCUUCACCAGCCAGGCGCCCAUCACCGUGCAUGACAUGGUCAUGAACACGGCCAUCAAGUACGCCAACUACAUCGCGCUCGGCUCCAAGCACAGGAACGGCUGGCACUUGCUCACCUACAUCGAGUACUACGAGGAGUGCCGGCGCGCCGCCAAGGCCUUCCUCAAGCUGGGCCUGGAGCGCUUCCAUGGAGUGGGGAUCAUGGGGUUAAACUCGGAGGAGUGGGUCAUCGCCAGCAUUGGUGCUAUCAUGGCUGGAGGCUUCUCUGUUGGCAUCUUGGCCACCAACUCCCCCAAAGCCUGCCAGGUCAUCGCUGAAAGCUCAGAGAUAGACAUCUUUGUGGUGGAUAAUGACAAGCAGUUGCAGAAAAUCAUCCAGAUCCAGGGCUCCUUGAAACACCUCAAAGCCAUUGUGCAGUACAAGGAGGAGAUCCGGACCCGGCUGCAGAACCUGUAUUCUUGGAGAGGGUUCCUGGACCUGGCAGGCGGCGUCUCGGAAGACACGCUGGACCGGGUCAUCGACUCCCAGAAGCCCAACCAGUGCUGCACCCUGGUCUACAGCCUGUCGGCCACAAGCCCACCGAAGGCCACGAUGCUCAGCCACGACAACAUCACCUGGACCACGCUGGCCACGGCCCAGAGGCUGUCUUACAAGUGCCCCCCGGAGGCGCAGGAGAUCCUGGUGAACUACCUCCCGCUCAGCUACAUGGGGGCCCAGCUCUUGGACAUGUGGGUCUCCAUCUCGGUCGCCGGAGCCCUCUACUUCGCCCAGCCGGACGCUCUGAGGGGCUCCCUGAUAGACACGCUCCGGGAGGUGAAGCCCACCUUGUUCCACGGCGUCCCGUGGGUCUGGGACAGAUUGCUGGACAACCUGAAGACAGACCAGCUCUCGUCCUCCCCAUUCCGGAGGAGGGUCGACCAGUGGGCCAUGUGGCUGGGACUCAGGAUAAACAGAAAGCGGAUGUUCAGGCAGACCCAUCCCCCGCUGUGCUUUGGCCUGGCCAAGAGGCUGACCUUCAACCAGGCCAGGAAGUUCCUGGGUCUCCAUCACUGCCGGCAGUACUUCAGCCUGGGCCUGGGGCUCUCCAGAGCCACCCUGGAUUACUUCCUCAGCCUCAACAUGCCCAUCCUCGAGCUCUACGGCCUGUCCGAAAGCACUGGCAUCCACACGGUCUCCAGGCAGCAUGACUUCCGGCUGCUGAGCUGCGGGAAGUCCCUCCCCAGAACCCACAUCAAGACACAGGAUGAAGAUGAUGAGGGCAUUGGGGACAUCUACAUUUGGGGCCGGAACGUCUUCAUGGGGUAUCUCAAUGAUGAGGAGAACACCCAGGAGAAGAUUGAUGCCCAUGGCUGGUUGUGCACAGGGGACCUAGGCUUUUUGGACACUGAUAAAUUCCUGUACGUCGUGGGCAACACCAGAGCUCCCUGUCUGCAUGCAGAUAUCAUCACUCUCAGUUCAGGCGAGAGGAUCAACCCGAACCCCAUCGAGGAGCGGGUGAAGCGGUACAUCCCUCUUGUGCGCUACGUCGUGGUCGUGGGCCAGGACGCGCCCUACCUGUGUGCCCUGCUUACGCUCAAGUGCCAGAUCAACACGGACACGGGGGAGCCCCGGAACGCGCUGACCAGUGAGGCGGUGGCUUUCUGCCGGCAGCUCAGGAGCCAGUCCACCCGGCUGUCCGACAUCAUCUACGACGGGGACCCUGUCGUCCUGGAGUUCAUUGGUCAGGGCAUCGACGCCGCCAACGCCGAGGUCACCUCCCACAGCGCCAAGAUCAUGAAGUGGACCAUCCUCAGGACGGACUUCUCGGUGGCUGGAGGGGAGCUGGGAGCCACCACCAAACUCAAGAGGGCCAUGGUGGCCAGGAUCUACCAAGCUGAAAUUGAAAACCUUUACGAGGAGGACGACUAUGACGACUAA